AUGGAUUUGCAAGAAGCCUACCGCGUCCUCACGGUUUUCUUCCAGGAGCUCGCCAACCUCUUCCAUCGUCUCCCCGGUUCGGCAAUUUUUCUUCGCUACGUCAAGUCGAGCUACCAGAACGAUCCGAUCCGCUCGGCCAUCGAGCUCUUCUUGUUCCUGUUCGCCGUGCGCUAUCUUCUUGCCCCCAAGUAUUCCACCAAGCCCGGCAUCGUCCAACUUUCCGAAGAGGAGAUCGAUGACCUGGUCGACGAAUGGCAGCCCGAGCCGCUUGUAGGCCCCCCAACGGCGCUGGAGGAAACUGAGGUAGAGAAGAGGGUCGUGAUUUCUGGCUCGACGGGCCCCAAGGUGAAGCUGUCCAAUGGGCGGGUGGUCACCAACCUUGGAUCUUACAAUUUCUACAACUUCACGUCGAACGAAUCGCUCAAGGAGAAGGCAAUCCAGACCCUCCGCACGUACGGUGUCGGUCCAUGUGGUCCACCAGGGUUUUAUGGCACCCAAGACGUUCACAUGAAGACCGAAGCCGACGUCGCCGCCUUUCUGGGAACAGCAGCGUGUAUCAUUUAUGCCCAGGCGUUUUCGACGAUAUCGAGUGUCAUUCCGGCCUUUUCAAAGCGAGGCGAUAUUAUCGUGGCCGAUGAAGGGGUCAGCUAUGCGAUCCGCAGGGGAAUUCAAAUUUCACGGAGUAUCGUGCGGUGGUACAAGCACAAUGAUAUGGAGGACUUGGAGCGCGUCUUGGAAAAGGUGACCAGGGAGCAAUCCCGAAAGCCCUUGACCAGGAGGUUUAUCAUCACGGAGGGUCUCUUUGAAUCAUUCGGUGACAUGGUCGAUUUGCCCAAAAUUGUGGGUCCUCCUGUCCUUGGUCUUUGGUGGCUAUCUAUGCUGACGAUGUUUUCGCAGGUUGAGUUGAAAUUGAAGUACAAGUUUCGUCUUAUUCUGGAUGAGACAUGGUCGUUCGGUGUCCUUGGACGCACGGGAAGAGGCGUUACGGAGCAUCAGAAUGUUGAUCCUGCCGAAAUCGAUAUGAUCGUCGGUUCUCUGUCCGGACCCCUGAUUGCUGGAGGAGGCUUCUGCGCAGGAUCGGAGGAGAUCGUCCACCAUCAGCGGAUUUCGGCUGCUGCGUACACGUUCUCUGCCGCGCUCCCAGCCUUGCUGUCGACAACAGCAAGCGAAGCCUUGAAUCUUUUGCAGUCGAGCCCGGAGCUUAUUAUGCAGCUGCGAGCAAACAUCAAGGCCAUGUGGGCUCAGCUUGACCCGCGGAGCGACUGGAUGUAUUGUACCAGCGCCCCAGAAAACCCCAUCAUGAUCCUGGUCAUCAAGCCGGAAGUUGUCUCCUCGAGACGGCUCUCGUUUGAAGAUCAGCAGUUCCUGUUGCAAGACAUUGUGGAUGAGGCUCUUGCAAACGGAGUACUCAUCACUCGCCUCAAGUCUCUCCCAGACAACAUGUCGCCAAAGCAACCUGUUCUUCCAGCGCUGAAGAUCUGUAUUAACACGGGACUUACAAAGAAGGAAAUCGAAAAGGCUGGCACCAUUAUUCGACAUGCGAUCACCAAGGUGAUGAGCAAGAAGAGAUAG